UGAAACAAUUCCCAGCUCAUCAGAGCACCUAGAAAGAAGGUAGGUGCCCGCCCUUCCUCUCGGGAUAAUGAAUAUUUCUGGAUCCUGAAAAAUGCUAUGGGAAAGGGGAAAUGCAAGGAAAGUCGUUUUCCUAUCAGUUCUUUUAUGUUCUUAUACAUAUCUCUACCUUUCUUAAUCUUUGUCUAAUACUCCGUAGUUUAAAUUGCUAAAACGAGUCUCCCUCUAGUAGCUUGCAGAGUGAAGAAGAAGAAGACAGCCAGCCAUGGCAACCACGUUCAACCUCCUCCAACUCCCAGUCCUUUCCUCAUCAAAGCAGAAGCAACCCAUCAUCCCAAAGUCGGUUUCCUCAAUACCCAUCAGACCAAUUCUUCCCCAGAUCUCCCAAAACCCUCUUAAACAAACCAUUAAUUCACCGCUCAAAUUCGCCCCUCUCCCUCUUAGUUGCAUGGCAUUGACCUUCCUUUUCGACGCUCAGGAUGCUAUUGCGGUUGGUGGGGAAUUUGGGAUUCUUGAAGGGCGUAGCUUUGCCAUGAUUCACCCUAUUGUUAUGAGUGGGCUGUUUGUUUACACCUUGUAUGCCGGAUUCCUUGGUUGGCAGUGGCGGCGCGUGCGCACACUCCAGGAUGAGAUCAGUGAGCUGAAGAAGCAAGCCAGGGUGCCAGUUAUAGACGACGCCACUCCUACUGAUCUCUCUCAGGCAUCUCCUGUUGAAGUCAAGAUUCAGCAACUUACUGAGGAGAGAAAGGCAUUGGUGAAGGGUUCAUUCAGGGAUAGGCAUUUCAAUGCUGGUUCUGUAUUGUUAGGAUUUGGGGUCUUUGAGGCCAUUUCAGGAGGAUUUAACACUUGGGUUCGGACGGGGAAGCUGUUCCCAGGGCCUCACUUGUUUGCAGGGGCAGCAAUUACUGUCUUGUGGGCUGUAUCUGCUGCUCUUGUACCUGCAAUGCAGAAGGGAAGCGAAAGUGCUAGAAAUCUUCACAUUGCGUUAAAUGUGUUGAAUGUCCUCCUUUUCAUGUCUCAGAUCCCUUCAGGAAUUGAAAUUCUCUUCAAAGCAUACCAGUUCACCAGUUGGCCUUGAAAUAAAACCCAGCUAUUUGGGAAAACAAAAGAAAUUGUUCACUUUGGUUAAGAAUAUCAUGGAGAGAGCAAUGGUAACUGAAGUUACUGAACCCAGUAUUUUGCUAGCAAAGUUGACGGAUUUCAGUCAUACAUGUUACAAUUAAUAGAGCUUUGAUCAUAUUUGAUUUGAGCGUUAAAACCAAAACCCCUCAUAUUCUUGCAGAAAUUAAGAGAUAUUGCUGCAACAGAAGCAUUUUAAGGGGAAACACUUCUUUCUUGACUAUCCUUCGACACACUGGUUGUAUUACUGAAGGUCAAUGUGGAUAUGUAUGUCAUAUGAAUCAAGGAAUGGUCAAUGUACAUUGGCACUGCCUAUAUGUAUGAGUACACCAUUUCUAUGGUCUAAUGUUGUGUUUAGUUGCUUUGAGUUGUUGCUUGUCCCAGCAAUGUCAACACAAGUACUGUGCUGUCCGAUAAGUUUAUUGAAACCAUUUUUUCUUUCUUACAAAGCGACCAUUUUAUUCCUUGAGCCAAGUAAAAAAAGUUAAGGCAGUAUAGUUUAUGCUUCAUUCGGCAAGAAAGGCAGCAUCACCGGCACGGUAAUUCCCUUCUAUGUGGAUAUGGCAGAACAGAACUUGGAUUCUGCUAUUUAUCUUCUUGAUAAAGAUGCGAUUCACGAGCUAUUUUGUACCAUGGAAAAAUUAGCUGCAUUACACAGAUAAUUUUUCUUGCUCGAAUCACUCCGAAUGUAAUGAUCCCACAGACCCACACCGGUCAUGUGCUUGUACCUUUGGGAGUGAGUUUUAACACCGAACAUAAUGCUCUUGUACUUUUGUAGCCCAUCUCCAAAACAAG